AUGUCCAGAGUCAAGAGAAUCGCCAAAGAGCUCGAGGAGUGCCGCCAAGAUACCAAGUCUGGGGUGUCGCUUGAUUUGGUCAACGAAUCCGACUUGACCCAUUUGACUGGGUAUUUCAAUGGGCCACCUGGAACACCCUACGAAAAAGGCGUGUUCAAAGUCGACAUCAACAUCCCCAACGAAUACCCGUUCAAGCCGCCUGUGAUGAGAUUCUUGACCAAGAUCUACCACCCGAACAUUUCGUCGGUCACGGGAGCAAUUUGCUUGGAUAUCUUGAAGGACGCGUGGACCCCGAUCUUGACGCUCAAGUCGUCGUUGAUUUCUUUGCAAUCGUUGUUGCAGUCGCCCGAGCCCAACGACCCGCAGGAUGCCGAAGUGGCCAAGCACUAUAUCAGCAACAAGGCUGGUUUCGAGGAUACAGCCGCAUACUGGACCAAAGUGUAUGCGUGUGACGAAAGCCAAGGAGGCGUGGCUGCUUUGAGCGACUGUGCGUUGUACGGAAUCGACGAUGCCAUUGUCAGUCAGUUUGAGAAUAUGGGCUUUGCAAGAAACACUACCAUUGACGUGUUGCGCCGGAUGGGGAUCAAGUCGUUCAGCGGCAUGAACGACAAGACCGAGGCCGAGAACAAGGUUUUAGAAGAGUUGUUGCGUGAGACCGGGAACUAG